CUGUGUCACCAUGGAAGAGAUGAAGAGAAAUUUGCUCUAGUAGACUACAAAUAUCUCUGGGUCAUUCUGAAUCUCAGUAUUUAAUAAGAAUGAGAAAUGUCCAAAUACUAUAACAAGUCUCUGCAAAUGUAUAAUAAACUGUGUAGGAAAAUACCUGCCAUGAACAGAGGUGUAGAAUACUCACAUUAGUGUACAGACACAAAUCUAAUGCCUAUAGACUACUGCGUGGACCUUUCCAAAGAGAAAGAAAAGUCUGUCAGCCUGCAACAGCCCUGGAAAAAUGGGAGCCACAAAACUUUGAGAAGCACAGGUUUGGACACCCUCCAUGUGUCUGCACAGCUUUCAAGUGAACUAGCACUUAAGACCUUGUGUAACAAAAUGGACUCUGGGGACACAGCUAUAGGGCAAAAAGCUACCUCAAGGUCUGGAGAAACUGCUAAAGUACCAAGUAGAUGGAGGCAAGAACAUUCAGCUGUUAUUAAGAUGAGCACUUUUGGCAAUCAAGAAGUACAGAGGCAACCACAAAUAGAUCACGAGCAAAUAGGAAACACAGCAUCAGCACAACUUUUUAGUUCUGGGAAACUGGUAUCAUCAAGUGAAGCUGCACAUCAAGUCACAGAGAAGCAAUAUCCACAGCAUCGUCCAAGUCCUUACUCAUGUCAACAUUCACUUUCUUUCCCACAGCAUUCAUUGCCACAAGGCUUCUUGCACAACAUAAAGCCACAUCAGAGCUUGGAAGGCCCUCCAUGGCAGUUUCCUAGCCACUUGCAGUCAGUUGCCUCAGAGGACUUGUUUCCUUUCCAUACACAUAGCCAUAGUGGAGGUUUCUCCAGGAAGAAGAUUUCAAGUUUGAACCCUGCAUACAGCCAAUAUUCACAAAAAUCUUUAGAACAAUCAGAAGAUGCUCACAAAAAGGAGCACAAACCCAAAAAACCUGGCAAGUACAUUUGUCCUUACUGUAAUCGGGCUUGUGCCAAACCUAGUGUACUUAAAAAGCAUAUUAGGUCUCAUACUGGGGAGCGACCCUACCCUUGUGUUCCUUGUGGUUUCUCCUUCAAGACGAAGAGCAACCUUUACAAGCACAGGAAGUCACAUGCCCAUGCAAUUAAAGCGGGAUUGGUACCUUUCACAGAGUCAGCAGUCUCUAAGUUGGACCUAGAUGCCAGCUACAUCGAUGUGGAAGCUGAAAUACAUUCAGAUGGUGAGCAGAGCACAGACACUGAUGAGGAGACCCCACUGCUGAUGGAAGGGUCUGACAAACUGAGCCCUGUCCCACAGCUCCCCCUGGACAUUGCUGGCAGGAGCAGUUUUCACUCCUCCAUGGAAGAGUCCUUGGUGGGGCCACUGAAAGUGCCCAUUUUGAUUAUCCCUAAAAGUGGAAUUCAAUUACCCAGUGAGAGCUCACCAUAUAUUUGCUCUGAUAUGUUGCAAACCCCAUCCUUAAGUACCAAGUCUGAUGACUCCCAUACAGUUAAACAGCGACUUGCACUAAGACUGUCAGAGAAAAAAGGGCAAGAUUCUGAGCAGUCAUUAAACCUCCUGAGCCCACACAGUAAAGGAAGCACUGACUCUGGUUAUUUUUCCCGCUCAGAAAGUGCUGAGCAGCAAAUCAGCCCACCAAAUACUAAUGCAAAGUCUUAUGAAGAGAUCAUUUUUGGGAAGUUCUAUAGGAUUAAUCAAAGGACAGCAGUAACAGUAGCCACAACAAAUCAGGAACACAGUUUAAUGGGUAGAAAGGGCAAAGCAGAACCGUUACCUCUUUUAAAUAACAGAUUAGAUAUCAAGAUGCUUGAGGAACACGUUUCUCAGCUGACUCCAAAUAAAGAGGAACGUACUGAUUCCAGUAAUUUGAGCACUAUUAAAUCUACACAUGUUUAUCCAGGCAGCAAUACAGACUCCAGACAAUCCCAGACCACCACAUCAUCCAUCAAGAAUGAAUCCAACCUUUACCAAGCCAGUCAGCAGAGUGACGUGCCCAUCCUUCUAGAGCCCCCAGCAGAUUCCUCUCCUCUUAUUAGAAGUAACUCCAUGCCAACCUCUUCCGCAAACAGCCUAAGUAUUCCCCCAUCUCUGAGAGGAAGCCAUUCAUUUGAUGAGAAGAUGACUGGCUCAGAUGAUGUGUUUUACCCUGGAACAGUGGGAAUAUCACACCAAAGGAUGUUGAGAAGACAGGCUGCCUUUGAACUGCCCUCUGUGCAGGAGGGGCACUCAGAUUCUGACUAUCAUGGAAGACCAGGGAAAAAUAUCAUUAUCGCUUCCAGCAGACUGACAGCAGGUGACAAAGGAUCAUCCUUAAAAGAAAAGAAAGGAGACAAGACCUUUUAUGACUAUGAUGCCAGUGGAAAGCACUACAGAAUGUGGGAAGAGUUUGAAGCUCAGAAGCACAACUACAGGGACUCACCAUCCUUAGCUGGAAUGAACAAGGCAGGAGAGUACUUUGUUGAUCCACUCGGACAAUCGCAGGCAGUGCCAUCUAUGCUUGGAACAACUUUUGAGAACAGAAAACGCAGGAAAGAGGAAAGUGUUGGUGAUGAGGAAGACAGUCCCAUGCUUUGCAGCAGUACGACUGGCACCACUGGGGGAAUUCAGCCUUCAGACUUUGAUCCCAAAUCCCAAAUUCAGGAAGUGCCAAGGACCGGAUUUGCCCUUCAAGGUCUGGACAGUGCUGCCCAUUGCCACGCAGAGCGCUUUGACAUCUGCAGGCCUUACUUGCAUUCUGGAAGCCCAGCAGCUUCUCUGGAAGACUCAUCCUUCACUGCAGAGCAAGAAAAGACUGCAGAAUCACUGUCUAGAAAGCCCCCUGGAAAUGUCAUCUCCGUCAUUCAGCACACAAAUUCAUUGAGCAGGCCAAACUCAUUUGAACGGUCUGAAUCUACAGAACAUAUUGCAUGCCAGCAGGAAAAGAUCUAUUCACCAUCUGAAGCAUGUGAGAGUGAGAUUUGUGAGUCUCCAAUGAGCCCAGACCGAGCUCCACAAACAGAAAGUGCUGACACCAGUAAACCAUCUCCAUCGCAGCAGCCUCAACCAUAUCAUAUGCAGCCAAGGUUGGUUCGCCAGCACAACAUACAGGUACCUGAAAUUCGGGUCACGGAGGAGCCAGAUAAACCUGAGAAGGAUAAAGAAGUGCAGAGUAAAGAACCAGAGAGACCCACUGAAGAAUUCCAGUGGCCCCAGAGAAGUGAAACCCUUUCUCAACUUCCAGCUGAAAAGCUACCACCCAAAAAGAAGCGUUUACGACUGGCUGACAUGGAGCACUCGUCUGGAGAAUCCAGCUUUGAGUCCACAGGUACAAGCCUCUCUCGCAGCCCUAGCCAAGAAAGUAAUUUGUCCCACAGUUCAAGUUUUUCAAUGUCAUUUGAAAGAGAAGAGAAUAUGAAGUUCAUCACACCUCCCAGACAAGAUGAGUUUGGAAAACAGUCUGAGUUUUUAACCGUUCCAGCUGGUGCUUACUCGCUUUCCGUCCCUGGGCAUCACCAUCAGAGGGAAAUGAGACGCUGCUCAUCUGAACAGAUGCCCUGUCCCCAUGCUGCUGAAAUCCCAGAGAUCCGAAGUAAAUCUUUUGAUUAUGGGAACCUGUCUCAUGCCUCUUCAGCUGGGACACCUACUACAGCAUUGUCUCCAUCCCGAGAAAGGAAGAAGUGUUUCUUGGUUCGUCAGGCUUCCUUCAGUGGUUUUCCAGAGAUUUCCCAGACUGAUCAGAGCACAGAACAAAGUAUAAAGCAGGAGCAGAUGGAGCUUGCACAGGCUGGUCUUCGGUCCUCCCAGCUUGCCUGGCAUCACUCACCCUCCUCUGUACUUCAGCCCAUUCAGGUAGAGGACUCUGGAAAACAGGCUAUUGUCUCUUGCGCUCAGCUUAGUAAUAGCUCAUCCCAACUUGCCCAGCAACAGGCUUUUCUUGCCGGUAGCCCAGAAAUGUUAAGGACUCCCUUGAUCCAACAAGCACCUUAUAUUUCUAACAAACAUCCAUCAGAGCAGCAGCAGCUAUUUGCACAUCAGGAAAAAGUCCCGUUUCCUCCUAUUCAUAGCACCUUGUUUCAGUUCCCCUAUCCAUCUGUCUGCAUGGUUCACUUACCACCAUCUCAGCAGCCUGUCUUGUGGCAGUCUUGCACAGAACCUCUACACUUCCAGCAUCAUUUUGUACAACAGCUACAGAAAUCUUACGUCAAACAGCCUUUCCAAACAGAUGUUUCUUCAAGUUAUCAUCUGGAACAUGUGCCAGAGCUUGUUGGAAAGAAACCAGAUGAUUAUGUGCACGCUAAAGAGCAAACAUACCAGCAUUACUCAGGAACAUCUGAGCAGUAUUCAAAAAAUACUCUUACUAAGUACCAGUCAGACCAUAGCAUUAAACCAACAGAUACCUCCUCUGAGCAGCAUCUUCGGACAGAUUUUGACUCCCCAGCUGAUGGAUCUGUACAGUCUUUGCCAGGAACAGUUGUUCCUGUGAGGAUUCAAACCCAUGUGCCAUCUUAUGGUAGUGUCAUGUACACAAGCAUUUCCCAGAUCCUUGGACAGAGCAAUAGUCCUGCAAUUGUAAUUUGUAAAGUUGAUGAGACUGUUUCUCAAAGAACAUUAGCAACUAGUGCAACCAUGCAAGGAAUUGGAUUUAACAUAGCUCAGAUGUUGGGUCAGCAUGGAGGGCUAGAAAAGUAUCCUUUGUGGAAAGUGCCACAGACACUACCACUUGGACUGGAGCCACCAAUUCCCCUCUGUUUGCCUUCCAGUUCUGACAUGGCUUCUACCUUGGGUGGAAGCAAACGAAUGCUUUCACCAGCCAGCAGCUUAGACCUCUUCAUGGAGACCAAGCAGCAGAAACGAGUCAAAGAAGAAAAAAUGUAUGGGCAGAUAGUUGAGGAGCUAAGUGCAGUUGAGUUAACAAAUUCAGAUAUAAAGAAAGAUUUUCCAAGAAUGCAGAAGCCUCAAUUAGUAAGGCAGAGCUGUGCUACUGAGCCAAAAGAAAAUCUGCCAUCUGUGUCAUCCUCUUCACCCCUGUCAUCCUCAUCAUCUCAGGAUUUCCCACCAGUCAGCACACCAACAGCUGAUGCUUCCCCACUGAGCAGGGAGAAACUUUCCAGUUUUGAUUCCACAUCACCUGGGCAGAAGUCCAGUGGCCCUUCUGAAGGAAGAGACUCUCCAGAAGAGCUGGAUGUGGAUGAAACAGCCUCAGAUAUGAGCAUGAGUCCACAGAGGUCUUCAUUGCCACCAGCAGACAUUCAGCCUGAAGACCAAUUGAAACAUCAGAAAUUGCCCCUUGGGAUGUUAGUCCGGAUGUCAUCCAAUGCCAGUGGGAAGGUCACAGGCUCAACCAUUCUUCUGACAGACGUAGCAGAUUUUCAGCAGAUCCUUCAGUUCCCAAGUCUGCGCACUACUACUACUGUGAGCUGGUGUUUCUUAAACUAUACGAAACCCAAUUACAUUCAGCAGCCAACCCUCAAAUCUUCUGUUUAUGCUUCAUGGUGUAUAAGUUCAUGUAACCCAAACCCGUCUGGGCUAAGUACAAAGACCACUCUAGCACUUCUGAGGUCCAAGCAAAAAAACACCAUGGAAAUCUACACUCUGGCUGCUAUGCAUAGACCUGGAGAUGGUAAACUGACAUCAUCAAGUGCAUGGAAGCAGUUUGCUCAGAUGAAACACGAGCCAUUCUUCUUGUUUGGCAGCAAGCUUGAAAAGAAAGUAGUGGGGAAUAUUAUAAAAGAAAGAGUAAAAGGAGACAUGCAUGGAGAUAAAGACAUUACAUCCAAACAAACUGAGCCGAUACGAAUUAAAAUCUUUGAAGGAGGGUAUAAAUCAAAUGAGGAUUACGUCUAUGUCAGAGGUCGUGGACGAGGAAAGUACAUUUGUGAGGAAUGUGGAAUUCGCUGCAAAAAGCCAAGCAUGCUCAAAAAACAUAUCCGCACUCAUACUGAUGUACGGCCUUAUGUAUGCAAGUUGUGCAAUUUUGCCUUCAAAACUAAAGGAAAUCUGACAAAACAUAUGAAGUCUAAAGCACACAUGAAAAAAUGCCUGGAGCUUGGAGUAUCAAUGACAUCUGUAGAUGAUGCUGAAACUGAAGAAGCAGAAAACAUGGAGGACAUGCAGCAGGAGGCAGAGAAGAGCAGCAACCUGGCAGGCCUGUCAACAGAGCACCAGUUUUCUGAUGCGGAGGAAUCAGAUGGCGAGGAUGGCGAUGACAAUGAUGAUGAUGAUGAAGAUGAGGAUGAUUUUGAUGAUACUCAGGGAGACUCGACACCAAAAACUAGAUCAAGAAGCACCAGCCCACAGCCCCCUCGGAUCUCCUCCCUGUCAGUGAACUCGGCCAGGGCAUCACAGGGGGCUUCCCCUGAGGGCUCCCUUGCUGUGGGACACUCCUCCCUCAUCAGUUACUUGGUCACCUUACCUAGCAUUCAGGUUACUCAGCUUGUAACACCAAGCGACUCCUGUGAAGAUUCACAGAUGACAGAAUAUCAGAGGUUCUUCCAGAGCAAGAGUACUGAUUCAGAGCCUGAUAAAGACAGGUUGGACAUACCUAGCUGCAUGGAUGAGGACUGCGUGCUUUCGUUAGACCCCAGCUCAUCUCCAAGGGACUUCUCACCUUCCAGUCGACAGUCAUCACCCGGCUACGAUUCUUCACCCUACAGAGAUAACUCACCAAAGAGGUAUUUAAUGCCAAAAGGGGAUUUGUCACCCAGAAGGCAUCUGUCACCCCGAAGAGAUAUUUCACCCAUGAGGCACCUUUCCCCGCGGAAGGAGGCCGUGCUGAGGAGAGAGUUAUCACCAAGACGGGACGUGUCACCAAAGCGUCACCUGUCUCCAAGGAGACCAAUGUCACCAGGGAAAGAUGCAUCUGUGCGAAGAGAUUUGUCUCCUCGGCGAGAGAGGAGAUACAUGGCUUCUGUGAGAGCAGCAUCUCCCCGGAGGGGCUUAUACCAUAAUCCAGCGUUGUCCAUGGGUCAAUAUUUGCAGUCUGAAUCUAUUCCAGUAGGACCAGGGAAUUUAAGAAGGGGAUUGUCUCAGGGGCCUUACUUCAACGUAUAUGGAGAAAAAGGAGGUAUGGAGCACCACGGGUCUAGCCCAUUCCCCGAAGGUCCGAGCGACUACGUCUUCAGUCACCUUCCACUACACUCCCAGCAACAGAUCCGAGCACCUAUCCCUAUGAUGCCUAUUGGGGGUAUCCAGAUGGUCCAUUCAAUACCAGUGGCCCUUUCAGGUUUACAUUCUCCGUCCACUCUGGCCCUGCAGAGGGAGGGCUCUGAGGAGAAGCAAAGAGGAACUGCAGAAAUCCUUACAAAAGAAUCAUAUAGUAUUUCUAAGCACCACGAGAAACGUACCUCUCUGCACAGCUUGCACCCCAGCACUCCCUCCAGUGCGCCCUCCUCUCCGUUGCUGUUGCUGUCACAGAGCACAUCGGAGGACAGUGUUGUAGCUACUGAGAGGGAGCAGGAGGAGAACAUACAGACUUGUACAAAAGCCAUAGCCUCUCUGCGAAUCGCCACAGAAGAAGCCGUUCUGCAUGGGGCGGAGCAGCUGCAGAGGCCUUCUGAGCCUCACCAGAAACCCUUAGAAAGUGCACAUUUUAGCAUUAAACACUUUAGUGGAUCUGAGCCGGGCCAGACCUGUGCCUCAGCCACCCAUCCUGACUUGCACAGUGGUGAACAGGACAGUUUUGGUACAUCACAGACUGCGUUAGCCCAUCCCACCUUUUACAGCAAGAGCUUUGUGGACGUCCGGCAGUUGGGCUUUCCCAGCAGGAGCGACUCUGCAUCAAGCACACAGGACAGAAAAGAUCCAUCAUCUGAGAAGAGCAAGCCACACUGAUCUGAGAUGCAUGGAGACUUUCACCCAUACAUUUACCCCACUUUUUUUUUUUCUUUUUUUUUUUUCUAGAGAUAGAAGAAGUAUUCAACUUUACAGCAUGCCUGUUCUAAGUUACAGUAGUUUGCUAUUAUAUAUACUUUUGUUUUAUCAAAAGAAUUAGAUAAAAUAACAAGUCAUCAUGAGCCUGACCAAAACUAAAUUUGAAAUUCUUAUUGGGUCUGGUACUUUUAAAUUGUACAGAUGUUUGUGCCUUUUCUUUA